AUGGCCUCCAAACAGGCGCUUAUGGUUGAGGAGGGCAAGUUGCCAACCAACCAGGCUGUUUUUGAGAAGAAUGCUGAAAAAGUUGUGUUUGAACUUGAGCCGAAAACAAUUGGUUUAACGAAGGAGCAGUUGGAAAAAUAUCGAAAUGAUCCAUUCUGGAGACCGCUUAGGACCGUGCUGUUCGUGCUUUUCUGGGUAGCAUGGAUUGCGAUGUUCGCCGGAGCCAUUCUUAUCGUUGUUUUGUCGCCGAAAUGUGCUGUCAAACAAAAGCCCGAAUGGUGGCAAACGAAGGUCUCA